AUGGCGAGCGAACAAAUUACCCUCUUUGACUUGCGCAGCAAGGGCCCGAACCACGCGUGGUCUCUAAACCCGUGGAAGACCCGCCUGCUCCUCAACUACAAGGGUCUCGAUUACAAGACGGAAUGGCUCAACUAUCCCGAGAUCAAGCCGACCCUCGAGGCUCACGUCCCGCCCAACGCCGAAGGCUACCCCUACAGCAUCCCAACCGUCGCCUUCCCCGACGGCACCUGGAUCAUGGAAUCGCGCGCCAUCGCCACCGCCAUUGAAGAGCGCCACCCAUCUCCCCCCGCGCACCUCUCGUCGCCCUACCAAUCCCGCAUCGAGGCCCUCGUCCCCGCCGCCAUGAAGGCCCUCCUGCCCAUCUUCUACGCCAACGUGCCGCGCCGCCUCCUCGAGCCCGCCAGCCUCGAGUACUGGUACCGCGUGCGCGGCGAGAAGGUCGGCAUGCCCAUCGACGAGUUCGAGGCCAAGCACGGUGGCGAGGCGGCAUAUGCGGCCGCCGAGCAACCCCUCCGCGACGUCACCGCCAUGUACAAGGAAAGCGGCGGCGAGGGCCCGUUCUUGCAGGGCGCGGAGGUGUGCUACGCCGAUUUUGUGUGGAUUGCCUUUCUGGAGUUUGCGCGGCGCAUCGGCGAGGAUGUCUACGAGGGGGUGCUGCAGCGGACGGGGGACCGCGCGGUGCAUGAGAAGCUGAUGCAGGCAGCUGCGCCGUGGCUGAAGCGAAACGACCACUGA